UCGGGUUGAAAAUUUCAACCCAAACCUAACCCGUUUAAUUUCGUGUCUUGUUCGUGUCGACCCAAUUAUGUAAAUGGGUCGUGAAUUCUUGACCCAAACCCGCUUAUUUCAUGUCGGAUCAGGUUUUGACAAUCCUACAUUUAAUCAAAAAAAAAAAUUGACAUUUACAAUGUACUGAUGUACAUUAUCAUAUCCACACAAAAAUCACAGAACAUGGACGCAACACGUCAACAUUGCAUCCCUAACUUUGGCCUCCUCAGCUCACCAAUUUGGCGAUUUCAUCGAUCAUCACCACCACCAACAUUCUCCUCCUCCCUAAAAACCACCGCAAAUGAACCAGAGCACCACCACCAAUGCCCCUACUUCUCUCCUCCACACCAACCACCGCUUCUCUCUUCCUUAAACUCACCUUUCCACUUGCUUUCCUCCGCUUUUCAACCAUGUCUUCCAUCAAUCUUCAAUCCCACGCAUUCGCCGGCAACCCCAUUAAGGCCAAAAUCCCCAAAUCAAACGACCCUUUUUCCCCUAAUUCAGCUCUCGAAGCUCUUAAAUCUCACCUUUUAGGGAAUACCCAUGACGCCAUUGCCCUUAAUUUUAAGGUACUGCCCUUCAGAAAAGGGCGCCCUUUGGCGGGUUCUCAGGGUUCCUCCCCAAAUUGGCAUCUGGGUUGGCUUAGUUUGGGUGAUUGUAAGGGUUUAUUGGCUGAUUCUUCGGUUAAAUUUGAGGGAGAUUCGUUGGUUUAUCUGGGUUCGAAAUCAGAGGAAGAUUCUGUUUAUUGGGCAAUUGAUGUUUCUGAGGAUGAUAAAUUGGUGGAUGAAUUGGGGAAGAAGUAUUUCUCUUUUGUUGAGCUUAGGACUUUAAUGGUGGCUACUGAUUGGUCUGAUUCUCGUGCUAUGGCUGAUUUAGCUGUUGCUGGUCAUGAGCAUGAGGACUAUGACUUUGAAAUUGGUCUAGUACGUUCUCAAGAACAAGAAGAAGAUGCAGUAAUUCCAAAUAAGCAGCCAACUCGAUUAAAUGAAAAUCAUGAAAAUCCAGAGAAGGAACUCGACAUACUGACUGAAGUUCCUUCGAUAGAACAACCUCAGAAUGAAGAACCUGCCAAGGAACCAAUAACACAAGAGGAAAUCACUGAAGAAGAAGCAACUGGCUCAGGAAAUCAGAAUAGUCGAGUUACUAUCCAAACCUUCCAGCCCAAACCUUGGAAGCACCAAAAGUCACACCCACUGGACAAAAUUAUCAGUGACUUAUGCAAAGGAACUCAGACUAGAUCGCAAAUGAGGAACUUCUGUUCCUUCAAUGCUUUUCUAUCUACUUUGGAACCUCGCAACCACAAAGAAGCCUUAGAAGACCCUGACUGGAUUAUAGCCAUGCAAGAGGAACUCAAUGAAUUCGAAAGAAAUCAGGUAUGACAUCUUGAACCUAAGCCACUAGAUAAAAAGGUCAUAGGCUUAAAAUGGGUCUUUCGAAACAAACUUGAUGAAUAUGGUACAAUUGUAAGAAAUAAGGCUAGGUUGGUUGUAAAGGGAUAUAACCAACAGGAGGGUAUUGAUUUUGAGGAAACAUUUGUUCCUGUUGCUAGACUUGAGGCUAUUAGAAUUUUAAUAUCUUUUGCUGCUUUUAUGGGUUUUAAACUGUAUCAGAUGGACGUAAAAUGUGCGUUUUUGAAUGGUUUAUUAAAAGAAACAGUUUACGUCGAUCAACCCCCUGGAUUCGAGAAUCCAAACUUUCUAAACCAUGUUUUUAAACUUGAUAAGGCUCUCUACGGACUAAAACAGGCUCCAAGAGCAUGGUAUGAAAGAUUGUCUAAGUUCCUUUUGGAAAAUGAUUUUAAACGAGGAAAAAUUGAUAAAACUUUGUUUUUAAAAUCUAAAGGAACUCAUCUUUUAGUUGUACAGAUCUAUGUUGAUGAUAUUAUAUUUGGUGCAACUAACGAAUCUUUGUGCAAGUACUUUGCUGACUUGAUGUGCAGUGAGUUCCAAAUGAGCAUGAUGGGGGAACUCAAUUUCUUUUUAGGACUGCAGAUCAAACAAACAGAAUCAGGAAUAUUUAUACAUCAGCAAAAAUAUGUCAAGGAACUCCUGAAAAAGUAUAACCUUGACAGCGCAAAGACUAACCACACUCCUAUGGGAACUAACUCUAGAUUAGACGAAGAUCCCUCAGGAACUUGUGUUGUGGACCAGACAAAGUACAGAGGUAUGAUUGGUUCCUUAUUAUAUUUAACUGCAAGUAGACCUGAUAUUUCUUUUAGUGUUGGUCUUUGUGCUAGGUUCCAAUCCAAUCCAAAAGAGUCGCAUCUAACUGCCGUAAAAAGAAUACUGAGAUAUCUUAAAGGAACGGCAGACUUAAGUUUAUUCUACCCACUAAGUGAUACAUUCGAUCUCAAAGGAUUUGCUGAUGCAGAUUAUGCCGGAGACUUAGUAAAUCGCAAGAGCACGUCAGGUAUGGUUCAAUUCUUAGGCUCUUGUCCAGUUUCUUGGAGUUCCAAGAAACAAAACACUGUUGCUCUAUCCACUGCUGAAGCAGAAUAUGUAGCUGCUGCUGCAUGUUGCUCCCAAUUAAUAUGGAUAAAGCAACAGUUGCGUGAUUUUGGCAUAAUUUUAGAAUGUGUUCCUAUAUACUGUGAUAAUACUAGUGUUAUAUGCAUCUCAAAAGAUCCAGUACAUCAUUCACGUGUAAAGCAUAUUCAUGUUCGGCAUUAUUUUCUAAAAGACAAUGUGGAAAAAGGCUCCAUUAAAUUAGAAUUUGUACAAACUGAAUAUCAAAUUGCUGACAUUCUAACAAAGCCUUUGAGUAGAGAAAAAUUCGAAAAGAUGCGAUUGGAACUCGGAAUGAUAAAGCUAAAUUGAGCAGUUCUUCUUGGAACCCCAAGGUAUGUCUUAGUGAAACGACUGAGCAUUGCUAUAUAUAAUCUUGGUGUGAAAAACAUAAUCUCGAAUCUUGCAAUGAAAGAGUGUGUAAUUCUAAUGAGUGUGUGAUCAUGUGAUUAUGUCAAUAAAGAAGACAAAUUAAGCCAUAUUAUUUUCCAAGUUUUUUUUGAAAAGCUCUGUACAGGUCAACCAGUAUUUUACUUUGAAGUAACUUACUGGAAUUUUUAUUUAUCUUUAAAUUUUUAAUUUUAUCCUUUUACUAAUUUCAUCUUAUAAAUUCCAAAACAACAAAAAGAUUUUUUAUUUUCUCAAUUAAAUCUUAUUUUUAUUUUUUUUCUUAUUUUUCUUUUUAUUGUAAAUAAAUCACACAACCUUUCAACCUCCCCACUAACACACUUUCCCACAUUCACUCCCACAUUCACUUCCCCUAAACCGUCACUUCACCACACCCCUUGAACCGCCACUCCUCACAAACAUAUCAACUUUCCCCAUUACUCCUCUUCAAUAGUCACAUCAUCAUCUCUCAUCACCCGUCACUCCCCAUAAAACCAUCCUCACCUUCAAGUUCCCACCAACCUCCCUUUAUACACUUCUCCCACUUCUCCUACUUUCUCAAAAUUCACCCAACAAUGAAAACCAACAUCACAUCUAAUCCCUUGGAACGACGAUCCGGACGGAACACCCCAUCAAAACCCGUCCCUCCAACUAUGAUAAUUCCUUCCCCCUCUCAAGCUCCAAAACGCAAGGCUACUCAACCCAAGGAAAAACCAGAAAACACUAAGGCCUGUCGCACCUCGGCACCAUCGAAGAAAGCCCGGCAAACCCGAAACGACAAAUUCUUACUUGGGUAUGCAAUUGAUCACUCAUGGUGCACGGAUUGUAAGUUUUCCGAAAUUUUAGAGUUGUUGGAUUAUCAAAAUUGGAUAUAUUUGUUGGAUGUGUGUUCAAAGUUUCCAAUUUAUCCUACAUUAAUGGAUGAAUUUUGCUCAUCCUUUGUUUGCGUUGAUGGUGUAUGUAGUGCUACGGUUGGUGGUGUGAAUAUUGAGUUUGAUGCAGGUUAUUUGGCCAAAUUGUUUAAAACCCCAAAUGUUGGAUAUAGAACCUAUGUCAAAAACAAAUCCAAAAACACCGUAGAUGGCCACAAUGAAACCGAAAUUGUCACAUUUAUUGGUGGAAACCCGAAAGUUACUACAACUAACCACAAUGCCUUAACUCCUUUGCAUAAACUACUGUUCAAUAUCAUUUGGAGAGGAAUUCUUCCUCGUUCCCAAAAACGCAGUACUGUUACCCUGUUAGAUGCAUCCCUCAUCUUCUGUCUAGCAAAGAAAGUUAGCAUUAACUUUCCUGCCUUAAUGAUCGCCCACCUAGACCACUGCAUUCCCGACCUACACAUACCCUAUGGUUCCCUUUUGACAGUGGUGUUUCAAGAUCUGAAAGUUCCUUUGCCCCAAACCGAGACAUACACUCUCAAACCUGAACACAUCCUUCAGGAAAAAUCAUUAUUAAAGCUAAAAUUAAAAGUGGUGAAUGAGAAUGUUUGUUUUGCAUCUGAUGGGCAACGUGAUUCCGAGGGGGAACACAGUGAGGGGGAAGUAGAAAAGAAAGAAGACGACCGUGAGAAAAAUACCAAAGAAAUUGGUGAGAAAGAAACAGAGAAAGAUAGUGACAAAGAGGUCGAAGAAGAUAAGAGUGUUGGGGCAGUGGAGAGUGAGAAUGAGAAGGAGGAAGAGGAUGAUCAAGAGAAUGAGAAGGAGGAAGAGGAUGAUCAAGAGGAAUUACUGCAAGAGUUACUUCAGGAAGUUGGGGGCUCUGUCAAACACACCCCUGUACCAAGCAGACGAAGGAGAAGUAUCAGACUUGCUACAUCCAAACCCAAACCCCUGCAAUCUGAGCUAGUUAUUGUUGAGUUGGAUGAUGAUUCAACCAAAGUUUCUGAAGGAAGGGUCCCUCCUCAUCCGUUCCAGAAGGAACUCCAUCACCAACUCCAGUUCCAUCCCCUGCUCACCACACCAUACCCUCUCCACCUGCUUCCCAGCCUUAUACUUCUGGUUUCGGAUUCAGUGCUUUUAGCUCUGGUCCUAGUUCCUUGCAAAUCCAGGAGGAACUUAAGCUUUUGUCCACUACACUUACACAGAGUAUAAUUCACCUUUCUUCUACAGUGGAUAACCUGGCUACUAAAGUUGAGGGGCUGCAAGCCCAAAUGAUUUCUCUGGAAGAUAAAAUAAACGCUCUUAUGGACUCCUCAACCCAGGAACUCAAAGCUAAGGUGAAGGACCGUUGUUACAAGACCAUUCUUAAUGCGAUCAAGGAUGUUCCCUUACCAUGAAGCUACUACCAUUUCCUACUCUUUGCCACCCAUACCUACCCUACUAUCUCUUGUGAAUUAUGAACAAUGUUCUUUUGUUUAGUUUUUCUUUUGUUUCUUUUGGUUUUUUUUUUUUGGUUUGUUUUUUACAUUUCGUUUUGGUUCGGUUUGAAAUCAACUGGCUUGAUUUGUUUUUGAAUUUGAUAUUCUCAUUUUGGUUGCAUAUGAACUGUGUGCGCAUGCUUCAUCGUUCAUGAAUUCAGAUUAACUACUCCCUCCGUAGUUUAGUACUAUAUAUAGCAUGCUCUUUCUAUCAUUUUGAUAAUGUCAAAAGGGGGAAAAGAAGAACAAACUCAGAAAGCUGGACUCAAACCGCCUCCUCUUCAAGUCUUCAUCGUUUAAGCAAAGGUAUAAAUUUCAUAAUUUAUUAAUUUCAUGAAUGAUGCAGACUUCUUAAUACUUAGUUUAUUUUACUGUUUUGUUUAUAUAAUUAGUUUAUUCAGUUAAUGGUUACGACAUUUGCCUGGAUGAUUAUUUUGUUUUAACCGAGUUUGUUUUUGUUUGUCAUCAUCAAAAAGGGGGAAUAUUGUUGAAUUGACUACCUUAUAUUUUGAUGAUUGACUUACGUAAAACAAACUCUGACUAAUGAUGUUUAAAGAGUCUUGGUUAAGCAGAAGAUUCAGGUUUGAAGUAAUAUGUUCCGGAGUAGGAACAACAAAGUUUGGAAGACUUGAUGAUCAAUGCAAGCUUUCAAGAUGUCCUCACGACUCUAUAUACUUAGUUACUCAGUGUACGAACUUAAGAAACAAAAGUGUUGGAAGGAACUAAGAAGAAACUCGAAGUUCCUGAAGGAACCUGAAGUUCCUGAAGGAACUUGACGGAUGACUCAGAAAAGUUUUUAACAGUUUUCAAAAUCCUUAAUUUAAGGAAGAGAUAAAAUCAGUUUGAAAAUAUUGGGAUAAAAUCAGUUGAAAAGCUUUAUUUUAUAAAUAAAUAAAAUCUAAAUAAUUCUUUAAUUUAAAAGAUAAAUUUAUUUUAAAUUAAUUAAUUGUUUAAAUAUCUUUUUAAUAAAUAAAUAUUUAUCUUUUUAAUAAAUAUUCUUGUAAACUGAUUUUUACUUGGUAAAAUUCUGUUUGCUUAAAAACAGGAUGCACGUUGGACUUGGGAGUCAAGUUAGUGAAAUCAUGUUUCUCAACUUCCUCCACUUACAUCCCAACUUCCCAAUAUAGGUGAACGUGGGAUUGAGGGGGAAGUAGGAACAUGAUAGAAGCUUGGAUAAUCUCCCUAUAAAAAGAGAUCAACGUGGCUUUUUGAAAGUGUGGAAAAGCAAUUUUAAGUAUUCUGAGCGUAGAGUUUCAAAGUGUUUAAACGAGAAGUUCCUUCCAUCUUUAGUCUCUUAAGUUCCUUAGGAAACAUUUGUAAUCAUUGUGUAGUUGGGAUUGGGUUGUGAGAGUUGUAAAGUAUGAGACUUGAGAGAGUUCUUUACACUGUACAAGUGAUUCGGAGUAGAAUCACAAAGUGUGAGAAACUGUGAUUGAGGGAUCACAGUUGGAUAACUUGAGUUCCCCACGGAACUUGAGUCUAGGCAACGUAUUAGUGAUUGUAAAUCAUUUUUACAUAGUGAAUUUAUUCAUUGCCUA